UCUCCCUUCGCAGCCAAGCCCAUCCACCACCACGGUGAAGCCUGCCUGAAGCUGAAGGUGACGGUGACAGGCAAAGGCACUCCGGCACCACCUGCCCCGGCCUCGACACAGAAGGGGAGGAUCCAGGCAGACGAUGCAGCCGCACACGUGCUGAGGAGCGUGGGGCAGAACUCGGCCAUGCGCAGCAGCAGCCGCCCCUUCACCUUCAUCAGCCUCCUCCUGCCCCUCUUGGUGCCGCAGGGGCUCUGAGCUGCCCCACGUGCCUGGACCCACCGAGGCUGAGGCCACUGGAGACCUCCGUGGUCCCAGCACAUCUGCCCCAGGUGCCCUGCCCUGCGCACAUCUGGGCGAGGAAAGAAUUUGUCAGUAUUACGGGGCUGGAGGGCCCAAAGCCAUCAGAGCAAUUGGGGCCUUCAGGCUUCCCUGGCCCUUCCAGGACAGUCCUGGCAGCCAGAGGCUGAGCGGGAGCCUGGAGCUGGAGGGGCUGAAGUGCCCCAGACUGGAGAGGGGCAGGGGGCUGGCACCCCUGCCCCGCAGCUGAGCUCGCCCACCACCUUCAGGGUUUUCCCCGUGGUGGGCUCGAACUGGAACGUGUCCUGCUGGCGGGGACAUGGGGGUGGCCAGGUGACACCGGUGCAGGGGGCUGUUUUACCCCCAGUGUCAGUGGUCAGAGAGGACAGACAGGCUGGAGAUGCCCCGCAGCCAGGGGAGCGGGGUUAUCAGAAACAUCCCACUCCUCCCUGUGCUGCACCCCUACCCCAUCCUUCAUCCCCUGGCCCUUCCCCAUCCCUCCCCUCCGCUGGGUGCCGGAGGGGCCCCCAGCACCCCCUUUGUACAGCUUUCUAACACGGGACUUUUUAUACCAUUGUCGGGAAUAAAUAACCAAAACCUUGCUGA